GCUGGAGUGAAGGGCACCUGGUGAGGGCAGGGUGGGGCUGGAGCUGGGAGGGACAGGCUUGGGACAGAGCCCUCGGGCUGGGUGGGCGUUGUGAUGGCAUCGUCAGCUGCCGCCACUGGCCUCCCCCUGUUGGUUCUGAAGCUGUUGGGAGGAACCCUGGGCCCCUUCCCCUGACCUCAGGAGCCCUCGGUGGCACUGAGGCUGGACGGUCACCCUUUGCUCACCAGGCAUGCUCACUCAGCCUGUGGCUGAGUCCUGGCCCAGCGUCCUUGUUCCUGGGCCCUGCAGUGUCGCUCGCGUGCAUGGGAACGCACCCUCCCUGACAGGCUCACGUAUUUGCCCAGCGCUGCUGUUGCCGCAUGAAGGUUUGCUUAUUACCCGAGACCUGGGAGGCUCAGGAGGAGAAGCCGUCCUGGGCCUGGGCCUGCUGGGCUCUGGUUCACAGCAGGCUGAGCGGGGGCAGCUGGGAACCCACACUGAACCAGACAGCACGCCUCUUGUGACGGCUUCUCCUCUCCGCACACGCGGCAGAUGGGGUUUGUGGUCAGUGGGCGCUGCUCGCUGAGCCCCUGGCAGGGAGCAGUGAUGCCUGGUGGCCAGGUGUCCUGACCACACAGCUGAUGUCACCCAUGUUGCCCUGGGAUACUCCUGUCCUCACUGCCGUGACACGGGAGCUGGGCAGGAGUGAGAAGGGGCCAGGCCCUGGGGGUAGAGCCCACAGAGCAGGUGUGGGGCUGAAGGAGCCCAGCAGGCAGGAGCCCUGCUCCCCACCAGUUUGUGGUGGAGGCAGGAAGAGGGGUGCAUGCCCUGCCCCUGCUCCGGAGCCUUGGCUGCAGCAAAACUGGACAGGGAGCUGCAAGAGCCGCCCACCCUGCAGGCCCCAGGGUGUGUACCAAGAGAGAGCUGCCUGGGCUGCUGGCGGGAAAAGCCACCUGGGGACCAGCCAUGGUGACUGCUUGGGUCAGUCGGGGGCAAGCCUCGCACGUGUCUGUCAUCCAAACACUCCUGCUGCUGCGGGCAGACACAGGCCAGGCUCAUGGGAGCCUGGGAGCCCUCAGUCCAAGCCCCACCCUCCAUUUUCGUCCUACCUGGGCCACAUGACACACUCCACGGGCCUGGCCUUUGUGUCCCAGAGAGGGGCUGCAGACCACAGGGCAAAUGGUUUCAGAGAAGCCAUCCUGCCCCCAGCCCACACUUGGGCACUGAAGUGGGGCAAGCACUAGGCUGGGCAGCCGUGGUCCUCCCUUCCCAGAGACUCAGCCACUUCUGAGGGGCUGGGAGGAUUGACAGUGGGGGCAGGUCUGCCUGCGUAGCUGCUGCCGCUCCCCCACAACUGCCCUCGGUAGCUGCCAGCACACGCUGGAGCCGGGCGUGGCAGAGGCCACGGGAGGACUUGGCAUAGACCGACCAGCUCAGCAGGCACCUGUGCCAACUGGACAAAGGCCCAAUCCCGUGAGAAGCAGAUGGCUCCUUCCCAUCGGUUGGCAUGGGCAUCAAGAUUCUAAGAAGCUAUGCUAUUGUGAGGUCAACUGAACUCACCCGUGUCCACCCUGGAAACCGCGUGGUGAAUGCCCCAGGUCCAGCAGGCUGUGAUGUGCCCCUGUGCCUCUGUCUCCGGAGAAUCCUAAGGCCCAGUCUGUGGUUGCUGCCCUAGGCACAGGGCUGGCGGUGAGGCCAGCCCUCCCUGUGCAGGCUGCCCCUGAGCUUCUGAGCGACCCUGGUGCUGGGCCAGGGGUCUGAGAUGAGGCUGGGCGGAGCCCUCUGGGCUCACGGAUGCCAUCCUCUUGCCCUGUCCCUGUGUGCUCAUCCUCCGUGCCCCUCUUAACAGGGUGGGUCAGGCCCACCCCAGUGACCUCCUUUAACCUCAGGUCACCUGCUUUUCAAGGCCCAGUCAGCCUGCAGACACCCCCACGUUCGCUAGGACGUGGACUUGGGGGCACAGUUGAGGAUACACCUGGUGGGUGCAUGGCUCCAGUGUGCCCCCAGCCCCUUUCCCAGACGAGAGUCCCAGUCGGCAGCUCUGAGAAGGGCAGGCUUCACCAGGAGGGUCCGCCCCAGCCAGCAGCAGUGACAGCCAGCGCCCGGAAGCAUGUGCAGCCUCCCGUGUGGGGUUUGGCACCCGUGCUAAAACCCCAGGGUGUUUACACAUUCCUGUCAUGAAGGGAAAAACCCAAGAAGCAAAACCUAGGGCAAUUAUUCACUCUUGGUUUCUUAAGCUACGGAGAGGACCAGUUGGGAAACCGUGAGUCAAGUGAAAUCCUUUCUGGAAUGAGCAAAAACAGGAACAAAAGCCCUUUGACUCCCCCCGGCCCGCCACCCCCGCCCGAGGAAGCAGGAACCGGGGACGCUUGCCUGGGCUGCCCUGCUGUCUGCAUUCCCUGUGCCCGCUCUCCAGAUGUUGGCAUUGCUAUUCACUGGGCACACGAUGCCAGGAGGUGGCUCCGGAGGGCUAGAGAAACAGCAGGUGUCCUAAGCCUGCACACGGCUCCCUGCCCACUCACGCAGCCGCUGCGGUUCCCGCAGCACCCACCUAGGUGGCUGGGCUGUGUUCGGUCUGUUCACGCAUUUGUGCCUGCCUGUCCUGCCAAAGCUCUCUCUGUCCACAUCUGGCUGCAGGUGGCUUCUGGCCUCGGUCGGAAUGCCAAGAUGCAUGCAGCCCCUCCUGGAAACCCCGUGGUGGCAGUCUGUUACGUUUACACUUGGCUCUUGUCCCCUGUUGAUGGUGCUGCCCAGGUCCAUUCCAUUCAAGUCCGUGUCCAAGUCCAUGCAGGUGAUCAUGGGCUCCCCAGGAGUCCAGGCUUCGUUGCCGUCCCAGCAUUCCUGAGCAGCAGAAGCAAGUCUCCAUGUGGCCCGUCGAGAGAACUGCUGGGAGAAGAUGCCUCUGGGGUGAAGAUGUGUCUCCGGAGUCAGCAGGGGCACAGCCAUGUGUGCGUGGGACAGACACCGUGGGAACUUCAGGUCGUGCGAAGACUCGGCGCCGGACCUUGCUCCCUCCCUGCAGGCUGUUUCCAUGAUCAAGCACUGGGUGAGAGGAUGUGUCAGCUCCUGGCUGACCCCACCCUGGGCUGCAGCCUCUCACAGCCCCUGGAGGGCCCAUCUGUGCGGCUGUCCCCUUGGGCCCUGGAGACGCGUCCUGCAGCUGGAGGCCUGGUGCCCAGAGCCAGCAUGGGCUAGCGGGCGGCAUCACCUCUUGCUCCCAGAUGAGUCACGACGUGACAGUCACCUCCUCUUCCUCUCAAGCCCACACGAGACUGCCAAGCGGAGCAUGCUCAUCCCAGGCCCUCCCCUGCCUGCAGGGCCCCUGAGUCAGGGCUCCCCAGCCUAUUUUUAGGCCAUUUCUCCAGAUCCUCUCGGGGAGGCAGCGUUUGUUUAUCCUGGGGCAGAGCUGCUCUGGGAACACUCCGUGUGGCCACUGACCCCGAGCUUCAGGGAAGAAUGGCCAACGUCCCCGACACUAAGUAUGCCUGCAUGUGCCCAGUGGCAGCGGCAGCCUGGCCAGGCCACUCCAGCCCUCCAGGCUGACUCAGGGGCUGGACGCGUUGCUUUCUAGCUCACCCAGCAAAGGCACUGGGCAAAGAGCACUCCCCACCGAGGGCUGGCCAGUCUCAGAGCUCUGCUGUGCAGCCCUCAGCCCUGGCCCCACGCCCUGCAGCAGAGGACUGGGAGCAAGCCGAGGGCAGGCACUGCACCCCUUCCUGUCCGUAGUCUCAACCCCACCCUGGAGAAAAAGCUGAUACAGCCACCGGCUCACACGCUCGCUGCUCACUCACUCACCUGCUGCCACUGGCCCCUGCUCCCCACGGCCAUGUUAGUGUGGCAGUGGCCCCCACUCCCCACUCCCCACGGAUGUGUUACUAUGGCAGUGGCCCCCACUCCCCACUCCCCACGGAUGUGUUACUAUGGCAGUGGCCCCCACUCCCCACUCCCCACGGAUGUGUUACUAUGGCAGUGGCCCCCGCUCCCCACUCCCCACGGAUGUGUUACUAUGGCAGUGGCCCCCACUCCCCACGGCCGUGUCAGCGUGGCAGUGGAGCCCCAUUCGCCUGCUAGCUCACCUGCUUAGUCACCCGCUUGCACUCUCCCUCCAAGGUCGCUGGACUCUAGAGGCCCCAGAGCUGCAGGGACCCCCACAUUUGAGGUGGGGUUCUCUUUUUUUCUGGCUGAGCAGCAGCCUUGUACACAGUGGUAACAUGCUCAGUGGUGCUACCCGUUUGCCGGUACAGGACAGCAAUGCCCAGUUCCCCACGUCUGCCCUCCUGUGUCCCACGGCCGUGUGGACGUGUGACAGUGGCUCCCUGAGGCCCAGGCGUGGCAGCAGGGACCCCACUUAGAGUGUCAGGACCACGAGUGUCUGGAUCUUCAGCAGGGGUUGGGGUUGGGGUGGUGCAAGGGGAGACUGCAUCCUGCAAAGCCCCCGUGAAGGCAGAGAGGAGGCUGCGAGGAAUGGGCGUGUGUGGCCCAGGGAGGGCAGCAGAGGCAGGGCCAACACCGUGGACACUCCUGGGAGUGAGUGAAAGAAAGCUGACCAUGGGCAGAGUGCUUCUCCAGCGUGAUCAGUCAGCUGUCGGGACCCAAGCCUGGGCACGUCUGGCUCACCCUCCUGCCCGGCUGGUGCUGCUGGGCUGUGCCCUCCUGAUGCAGGGUGGCCUUUGUGGGGUGGAAGCCUUUCUGCAAUCCCCGUCACCUCCCGGGGCCAGAAUCACAUGGCCUUCGGCCAAACCAGUUGCUAACGUCGGCGCUGGGGUGCCAGCUGGCGCCAUCACAUGUCCACAGCCAGGACCAUGUUGGGGCAUGAGGAGGGUCCUGCAGAACAGCCCAGGGCAUGGCGUGGCAGGAAGUCUGCAGUGAGGCUGGGGAGGGAUGAGGGAUUGUGAAGGGGGAGUCCAUGUAAAAAGGGGAGCAAACCAGUGUCCGCGUUGGUGUGGAGACCCCAGGAGGGAGGACAGGGGAGCAGGGAGGCCACAGCUGGCCCACAUCUGCGUCAUCCCUGGGUGGCUGAGCGUGACGCAGCUGACCCAGUGUGAAUUGCGAGGCUGGGCACAAAGGGCUCACUUCCUCCUUGUCCACUGGACUCUCGCGUCUGUGGCCUGGCGCCCACAUCCAGGGUCGGGCGGGUGCCGUCCUCGUCCACCAUCCUUGCGUCUAUGUCUCAUACUCACACUGCAUGUGGGUCGGUACCCUGCCUCCAACCCCACGUUACUGGCACCCCAAAUAAACUAGCCCCAGGGAUUGUCCGAUACCCCCACCCGAGUGCCCAAGCUGCUGCUGGGCGGCAGUGGUGGGUGUGAGAACAGCGGGUGGGCGCCCACGGCCUGUGUCCAGACCAUGCAGAGACCCCCUCUGAGCCCUCUCACUCCAAAGCCUCACCUGAGAA